AAUCAUGUAGUUCUUACUGAAUAGACGGGGUUAUUUCUUUCUCCUCACCUUACAUUUUCUCCCUUCUCUCUCACACACAUACAUUGUCAUCCCCCUCCGAUCUUCUUGCUAUUUUUUUCUAUUUUUUUUACCCCCUCUACCACCACGCCAUUUGAAAUGAAGAGGAGAAAGGGAAAGCACGGGCAGGCAGCGGCAGCACCAGCAGCGAGGAGAGAGAGCAGAGGGGGGGAGUGAUGAGUCAAUACAACUAAUAAUUUAAUGGGGACAGAGAGGGAGAGACGGAGUGAGAGGGGGAGAGACAGAGAGGGAGAUAGAAAGAAAGAAAGAGGAGCUCCGUCCGGACGCCAAUCCCCAACCAACAGGACACCUCCUACUAUUACUAUCGCAGGCAGCUCUCUUAUGCAUCCACAGCAAGCCUUAUUUUAUCCGCGACGUCGGAAAGUAAACCGCACUUUUUGACCCCCUGUUUUAUUUCGCGAACCUGUUCCGACUGUCCGCAUAUCGUCUCCACAUCGCCUCGAUAGCAAGCUCACACUGUCGGUUAUUAUUAUUAUUUUGCAGUCAGUCUCUGCCGGUAGUCCGACGUUGAGCUAUUUUUCCUGUAUAUACGUUACGUCCCCUUCGUGAACAUACACAACGAGGGGUUUAUUGGGUCUCGGCGGCGGUUAUUAUCAUCACAACUGAGUCCGAGGUGCUUUGGUUUUCACACUGGCGACGGCUAACUGUACUGCCCGCCUGUCUAUUUGGAUGUUGUGGUGCGAACUAAAGCUGAAGUCGGGUUCACUUGUAACCGUUGGACGCGGCUAACCGCUCACUUAAUGCUAAAUGUCGCAGGUUCCAACGGUUUCUGCCCUAACGGUUGCCGUUUUUUUCCUCCAGUUGGACGGAAUUAGCUAACGGACACACAUACACACACACAUAACCGCUUACCAAUGUUCGCCUAUCACGGUCCAUCUCGACCUCGCCGUCUCUCCCACAGACCCGGGUUGUUGUUUUUUCGCACCGCCUGCCAGUCCUCCGCGAAGAAGAGCAGGAGGAAGCGUCUUUUUAAACACUGAUUUAUUUUUUUUAAGUCGCUGUCAUGCACACGUAAAGAGGGAGAGAUAACAAGAGAGGGACCGGGAAGCAGGAGUUGUUUGGGGUUUCUUUUUUUACCCUGGCCAAACUUGAAGAAGACGCGUUUUCCAGCCGGUGUUAUAUGCUCUCCACUGCUCAAGUGCUUCAUUCAAGGUGAUAGUGAGCAGAGGUGCUGAGAAUGAUGGAACAUCUCAGCGAGGCGUGUUUGGGCAAGGAGAACUCUGAGCUGGUCAACAGCAUGUCCGAGGCCAAGGCCCCGCCGGCCAAGCUGCCCCGGCUGGAGCAGAACGGCAGCCCCCUGGGCCGGGCCAGGCUGGGCAGCACUGGGGCCAAACUAGCCGGGGUCUCUUACAAGCCCACCGGGCACCUGCUGAAGACCUGCCACAAAAGAGGCAACAUGCUGCCUGUGUUCUGCGUGGUCGAGCACUAUGAGAAUCCCUUGGAUUUUGACAGCAAGGAGGAGCACGCUGAGUUUGUCCUGGUGCGCAAGGACAUGCUCUUCAACCAGCUCAUCGAGAUGGCCCUGCUGUCACUGGGCUACUCCCACAGCUCAGCCGCCCAGGCCAAAGGCAUGAUUCAGGUGGGGAAGUGGAACCCCGUCCCACUGUCUUAUGUGACAGAUGCACCGGACGCUACAGUGGCUGACAUGCUGCAGGACGUCUACCACGUGGUCACGCUUAAGAUCCAGCUGCACAGUUGUCCUAAGCUGGAGGACCUGCCGCCUGAGCAAUGGAGCCACUCUACAGUAAGAAACGCCCUCAAGGAGUUACUCAAAGACAUGAAUCAGAGCUCUCUGGCUAAAGAAUGUCCCUUAUCACAGAGUAUGAUUUCCUCCAUUGUGAACAGCACUUACUAUGCAAAUGUGUCGGCGGCAAAGUGUCAGGAAUUUGGGCGCUGGUAUAAACAUUUCAAGAAGACAAAAGAUAUGAUGGGCAUGCGCCAACCCUCCCAGCUGGAGGGCUACCUGGGGACAUGUGUCCUCCGUGAGAGUCCGCGUGCCAAUGCACUAGCAGAGAUGGACGGUCUGUCCGACCUCUCUCCACCCGGCUCCAACCACAACCACAACCACAACCACCUGGGUUUCUCCCAGCAGCAGCAGCCCAUCCCUGGCAGCACCGCAGAGCAGACCCCUUCUUCACCCGUACCCCCAUUGUCUCACGCCCCUCCACCGCACGGAGGCCAGACCGGCGGCCGACAGCCCCAGCUUCCUGGUCUGCACCACCCAGGCCUGGUCUCUACUCCCAUCAGCCCCCAGCUGGUCAACCAGCAGCUUGUGAUGGCACAGAUCCUCAACCAGCAGUAUGCGGUGAACCGGCUGCUGGCACAGCAGUCCCUGUCGCAGCAGUACCUCAACCACCCACCUGUCAGCCGCAGCUCCCAUACCAAGCCCAUGGAGCCACAGGUGGCGUCCAACACAGAGGUGUCCUCCGAGAUCUACCAGUGGGUUAGGGACGAGCUGAAGCGGGCUGGAAUCUCACAGGCAGUCUUUGCCCGCGUUGCCUUUAACAGAACCCAGGGCUUGCUGUCUGAAAUUCUACGCAAAGAAGAAGACCCAAAAACAGCGUCCCAGUCUCUGCUGGUCAACUUGCGCGCCAUGCAGAACUUCCUGCAGCUGCCAGAGGCCGAACGGGAUCGUAUCUACCAGGAGGAGAGGGAGCGUAGCCUGACAGCAGCCUCAGCGAUGGGUGCUGCUCCUCUAAUCAGCACUCCAACCAGCCGACCUGUACAGCCUCGAAGGGAAGACUGCAACAGUGUGAGGCCUGAGGACUGGAAUCCCAGGAUCCCUGUGGGCAUUUCUCCUGUAAAACCGUCUCCUUUGCCCAGCGAGUGGAAUGGCAAAACUGAGAGCUGCAUCCUCAACAUCAACUCCACCAUCUAUGAUGAGAUUCAGCAGGAGAUGAAGAGGGCUAAAGUUUCCCAGGCCCUGUUUGCAAAAGUGGCUGCAUCCAAGAGCCAGGGCUGGCUCUGUGAGCUGCUGCGUUGGAAGGAGGAUCCCUCUCCGGAAAACCGGACACUCUGGGAGAACCUCUCGAUGAUUCGCCGCUUCCUGAGCCUCUCGCAGGCUGAACGUGAUGCCAUUUAUGAGCAGGAGAGUAGCGCUGGGCAGCAGCACCACAAUGAGCGGCCGACUCACCUAAUGCACGUUUCUGCUGACCAGCUACAGGCUCAGCCACCCCAGUCUCAGCAGCAGCACCAGCCCUCCCUGUCCCUCCAGCACCCCUCCCAGCCCCUUUUGUCCCAGCAGCCUUUGCAGCAGCAGCAGCCCACCACAGGCCCCCGGUUGCCCCCUCGCCAGCCCUCCACCGCCUCUCCAGCUGAGACAGAGGACGAGAGCAGCCGCGGUGGGAACAUCAAGUCUCGCACAGGCGGAGGGAAGAUCUCCCUGGAGGCUCUGGGCAUCUUGCAGAGCUUCAUCCAGGACGUGGGCUUAUACCCCGAUGAGGAGGCCAUCCACACCCUCUCAGCCCAGCUCGACCUGCCCAAACUCACAAUCAUCAAGUUCUUCCAGAACCAGCGCUUCUACGUCAAUCACCCAGCCAAGGCGCUCAAAGAGCCCAAUAACAACAACAACAACAACGGCUCUGCAGCCACCACCAACACCAACACCAGCAGCAGCAGCAGCUCCGCCUUCGAGGAGGAGCUGACGGACUUCAGGGAGAGCGGAGAGCUGCUGAAGGAGCUGGACGAGAGCACGCAGACCAACAACACCAUCUUCUCCAUUAAGAUUGAGGAGCAGCUGAGCCGAGGAGCCGAGACCCAGGCGGAGAUAGAGCACGAGGCCAAGGAGUAGAACUGAGAGUUUUCAUGUGCACAAACACAGACUGGUGACUGUGCUAAAUGUAACGCUCCGGCCCACACAGAACCACCACACCGCAAAUAAAGAAAAGUAGUGUUUUUAAUCAGAACAGCGCCCAGACUGUUUGAGGAGUGUUUAUAUAUAUCUGUAACAGACUGAAAGGCUAUGUGAAGAGAGCGUUCACACACUGGAGAGCCCAUUUCAGACUCUAGUACUACUUUUUGGAUUUUGUAAAACUUGUAUUAUUCACUGUAAAGACUGAUGCAUCAUUUAAAUAAUCUGCACAAAAAAUUAUUCUAAGUAUGUUGCCGUGGAUAUUUGCUGACUGCACUCUAUGUCUGUUGUUUUACACUGACUUACUUUAUCUUUUUGAGCUACUGAUUAUAUUUAAAAAGAAAAAAAGUCCCCCUGGAGUUUGUCAGGACUUUGAUAGGUGUUUAUGUAUGUGAUGUUUAACUGGAUUUUUUAAAAAAUAGCAAAUGAAAUCGAGGACCAAGUGGUUGACAAGGCCUUAAUUAUGAGGUAUCGAGUCUGGAGCCUGCUGGCAGAUUAGUUAUUCUUUUAAAAAGCGCAUAAUGUGAUAAUGGAUCACUCCAAACUCUGGAACGCGAUCACCCAGCCCAGGUGUAUCUCCGAGAACAGCUCAGUCUUUACAUAUUAUUUGUUAGGGAGGAAAUAUAAAUAUAUAAAUAUAUAUAUAUAUGAAUAUAGACAUUAUAUUGUAACUGUAAAAAAUACAGUCUUAAAGAAACUAUGCCAACAAAUGCCUUGUACUAUACGGCACUGCCGAUGUUAGAUUAUUUUGCAAACCUUUGUCACUGUAACUUUCUGAAUUUGCCACACAGUUAGAAAUGUGAAUUUCCACCAUGUUUAUGUUGUCCGACAUUAUUUAUUUGCAGUUCAUGCAGUGUUUUUGAUGUAAUUACUUUUUUAAAAGUUUAUGUUGCGUAGAGCUUUUUUAAAAUUCCACCGAUUCUUUUGGGUUUUUUUUCUAUUUAUAAAUGUAAUUUCAAUGGGCAGUAAAAACAAAAAGUGUCUUAAACGUUUUAAAUGGAGAAAUGUGCUUUAAAGGUUGCCUAUAAAAAGUGCUGUAUGUCAACCAACUCAUGCUACAAGCUUCACAAUUAAUGUUGUAUGCAAUUUUUACUAUCAUGCAAAUAAGCUUAGGUAAAAAGACUAACCUAUAGAACACCUUAGAAAGAAAAACAUAUGCAAUCUGUGUGAAAAUCGAUGUCUGCGAUGUGUCUUCCUUUGGUUAACAAUCCAAUUCAAAAAGCUAUUCCUGUAUAAAUAUCCUGUAUAAAAGUGUUUCUUUUUUAUGAGUUGAUUUCAAUGAGAACACCAGUUAUUUUGUUACGACUGACUGUUUUAUAAGUGUUUCUCGGUUCCUUUCUGCAGAAAAAUGUUCUAACUAGAAGUGGUUAUUGAUUGUUAAUUACACGAUUAAACUGUUUGUAUUGUACCACAGAUUUCUUGGCAUUAACUUGACCAGACUCUUUUGACCGCAGAGCGAGCAUUCCCCUCCUCUGCAAACAAAAGACCAAACAAUGUGAAAUGUUUUUAAAUCUACUGCUAAGACAGAUCAGUUCUGAGUCAUUCAGCUGCAGCCACUGAACACAUUAUUUGUAAUAACUGUAAAUAUCACAUCUGAUGAAUCAUUGAUUGUUUAUUAUUGUAAAUAUAUUUGAAGUUUGUGCAAGAGCUCACCGUACGAAUCAACAUUCUGUCGUGCCUCUUCCUCUCAAAGCGACUGUACCGGAGCUCUUCUUCUUCUACUGCUGAGUGUAUCUGAAGCACCUGUGAAAUCUGAAAUAAAUAAAUGUAAGGUGUGAACAGCUGUAAUAGCAAAGCCCUCUGCAGGGAGUUCUAAUAUAUAAAACAGCGAAGGUGUUCUGACCUGGCUGUGAACCCCAGGUGAGGCCAGGUGUCUGCACCUUUAGGAAAUUACCCUCACCUAUUAACACCCUGCGAUAUG